AUGGCGUCGCCGCCGCCGCCUCCCGCCGCAGCCGCUGCCCCAGCCGCCGCGGCGUCCGGAUCGCCGCCGCCGGCGCAAGUGGUGGGCAACGCCUUCGUGCAUCAGUACUACAACAUCCUGCACCAGUCGCCGGAGCUCGUCUACCGCUUCUACCAGGAGGCCAGCCGCCUCGGGCGCCCCGCCGGCACCGGCGCCGACGGCAUGGACACGGUCACCACCAUGGGCGCGAUUAACGAGAAGAUCGUGUCCAUGGGCAUCGACCGGGCGGAGAUCAAGGCGGUGGACGCGCAGGAAUCGCUCUGUGGCGGCGUCACCGUGCUCGUCAUGGGCCACCUUACGGGGAGGAACGGCGUCAGCCGCGAGUUCGUGCAGUCCUUCUUCCUUGCGCCGCAGGAGAAGGGCUACUUCGUUCUCAACGACAUACUGCGCUACGUUGGGGAGGGGGGAGGGGACGAGGGGGCCGAGCAGCCGCCGCAGCAGCAGCUGGCACCAGAGGUUGCUGCGGAUGUGGAGACCGCCACCCCUGCUCCUAUCCUGGCCAACGGCACUGUCGGAGGGGACACAGUGACCGUUCCUCGGGAUGCUUCGCCUCAGCCCGACUGCCAGGUGGCUGAGCCUGCACUUAAUCCAAAGGAGGAAGUUCUGAACGGGGAGGAGGUUUGUAACCUGCCAAAUGAUGUGGAGAAGCCUGUUGUUGAGGAAACACCGGUUCCUGAGGUCAUAAAUGAAGUGCCGAAUAAUGUAGCAGUCACUCCACCAAUUUCAUCUCCCCCUGUACCACUGGAGGAGGCACCAAAGAAGUCAUAUGCUUCAAUUGUAAAAGUCAUGAAAGAAUAUCGACCACCAGCACCUGCAGUUCCUUCCAGACCUGCACCCCCGAAAACAGAGAAGCAAGCCUCUCCUGCCCCCGCUCCGGUUGCUGAUGCUCCAGCUUUCACCCCUAAUCCUCAGAGCGGCAGCUUUCAAGAUCCAGAAGUUGAUGCACAUGCCAUAUAUGUGCGAAGUCUGCCAUUAAAUGCCACACCACAACAAUUAGAGGAAGAAUUCAAGAGAUUUGGCGCCAUUAAACAUGAAGGCAUCCAAGUUAGAAGCAACAAGAUCCAAGGGUUUUGUUAUGGCUUUGUAGAAUUUGAGGAUGCCAGUGCAGUUCAAACUGCAAUAGAGGCUUCUCCUGUUACUAUUGGUGAACGGCAAUGUUAUGUUGAAGAGAAAAGAACUACUGGUUCUCGUGGUGGUAGCAGGGGAGGAAGGUUUCCACCGGGUAGAGGUGGCAACUUCCGAGGUGAAGGCAUUAGAGGCCGUGGUACAUACAAUGGAGGCCGAGGGUACGGAAGGGGCGAGUUCAGUUAUCGAUCUGAUUAUGGAGGCCGAGGUGGUGGCAGGGGUGGCUCAUCACGUGGAGGUGACGUCGGCUACCAGCGAGUCGACCACUCUGGUACAGCCAGUGGUCGUGGUGCCCGGGCACCAUCUGCCGCCACUGCUGUCGCAAAGUGA